GGGCGGUCCCGGUGGGGGUGGGUCCAAGGAGGGGCUGCUGCUGACGGCCAUGUUGAGGUCCCGCAUUUCCCUUCCGACCGCUUAACACCUCGCCGGCUGAGGAUCAUUUACCCUUUGGUGUAGACAAAAAAGCAGGUAGCAAUUGGACAGGAGAAGAAUGGCACUGAAACAGAUUUCUAGCAACAAGUGCUUUGGAGGAUUGCAGAAGGUUUUUGAACAUGACAGUGUUGAACUAAACUGCAAAAUGAAAUUUGCGAUCUACUUGCCACCAAAGGCAGAAACUGGAAAAUGCCCUGUGCUAUAUUGGCUGUCUGGUUUAACUUGUACAGAACAAAAUUUUAUAUCUAAAUCUGGUUAUCAUCAAGCUGCCUCAGAACAUGGCCUUGUCGUCAUUGCUCCAGAUACCAGUCCUCGUGGCUGUAAUAUUAAAGGAGAAGAAGAGAGCUGGGACUUUGGUACUGGAGCUGGGUUUUAUGUAGAUGCCACUGAAAAUCCUUGGAAAACUAACUACAGAAUGUACUCUUAUGUAACAGAGGAGCUUCCCCAACUGAUAAAUACCAAUUUUCCAGUGGAUCCUCAAAGGAUGUCAAUUUUUGGCCACUCCAUGGGAGGCCAUGGAGCUCUGAUUUGUGCUUUGAAGAAUCCGGGAAAAUACAAAUCUGUGUCAGCCUUUGCUCCAAUUUGUAACCCAGUGCUCUGUCCUUGGGGUAAAAAAGCCUUUGGUGGAUAUUUGGGAACAGAUGAAAGUAAAUGGAAGGCUUAUGAUGCUACUCAUCUUGUGAAGUCUUACCCAGGUUCUCAGCUGGACAUUCUAAUUGACCAAGGAAAAGAUGACCAGUUUCUUUCAGAUGGACAGUUACUGCCUGACAACUUCAUAGCUGCCUGUACAGAAAAGAAAAUCCCUGUUGUUUUUAGAUUACAAGAGGGCUAUGAUCAUAGUUACUACUUCAUUGCCACCUUUAUUUCUGAUCACAUCAGACAUCAUGCAAAAUACCUGAAUGCAUGAAAAACUUCAAAUAAGAAAAUCAUCUCUGAUUAUGGAAAUGCAAAGAAAUUUAAAGUAGCAAAAUGAGCACACCAAAAGAAGUAGAAACAUACGAAGAUCUGGAGGGAACACAUCAUAAGGUGAGAACAACUCUCCAGAAUCAAAUUACAAGAAUGGGAAGGUUAUAUCUCCCUAUGGUACAGAGUUCAGAAUUACUAUAUUAAGUAAAAUCAAGGAGAAGAAAAUGCAGAAGGCAAGUCAAAGUAAUACCACAGAGGGAAGCUAACCAAAGAAACAACAAAAUUCAGAAAAACAAAUUAAUGAGCUCAGAGCACAGAAGUAAAAUCAAACAAAAGCUCAAGUAUAAAUCCCUGGCUAUUAAAUCUUCUACAGAAGGUAGAGAUGAAAGCUUUAAAUAAAAAAAUAACCAUUUUUGGAUGUAAAUGAGAUCAAAACUCUAAAGAAAGCUAUGGAAGAUCAAGUCAAUGACCUUCACAUAGUAACACAAAGAUGUGAGAAGAGAAACAAAUACUAAAACAUGAAAACCAUAUCAAGAAGUACCUGACUCCAUUAGGAUGGCAGCAAAAGAAGAGAGAGAAGGCAAAGAAAUAAUAUUAUUCAAAGAAAUAAUAGUAGCAAACUGGGGAAAGAACCAAAUAUAUAAGUCCAUGAAGCUUAAAGAAUAUUGGAUUACCUAAAUGCAGUGAGCCCUAUACCAAGACACACAUGAAACUUCAGACUUAAUGAGUAUUAAACAUUCUGUGGAAAAACUCAAUGUGCUAGGAGAGUACAUGACAUACUCAAAAUACUCAAAGGUGGAAACUGCCAUGCAAGAAUACUAUAUUAUGCAAGGCUUUCAAAUAUGAGGGAGAAAUAAAGGCCUUCCUGGACCUAUAAAAAGCUGAAGGAAUUUGCCAACAUUAGACUUCUCUAUAUGAAAAGUUUAAAUGAGUCACCUAUCUAAAGAGAAGAAAACCACAAAACAGAACAAUGAAAUAGAACCAGAAAUCCAAUAAAAGCAAUGCCAGCAAGCCCCCAUGUAUUAAUACCCUUAAUAUUAUGAAUGGACUAAACUUAGCAGAAAAAAAAAAAAACUUUAUUGUCUUCAAGUCAA